GUAUUUCACUCAUUUCUCUCAACUGUCCGGAUCACUUUUCUCCCUAAAUUUCUGCAGAUUAUACAGCUUACAAUGACACCUGUAUUCACUGUUAAACUCGGAUUCUGUUUUGGUUUUCCAUUUUUACUGUGAAAAUGUUUGGUUCUUGGACUUGUGUGAUUACUUGAGAUUCUACUUUUUAGGAGUAUCUGUCGUCUGGUUUAUAUCCACCAUUUUCAUUCAGAAAUUCUGUUUUGGCGUGUUCGGUUUGAUAUUAAACAUGCUAUAAAUGAGUUUGAUUAUGUCUCUGAUUGCCACUUAAUAUUAAUAAUCUUUGUGUGAUCUAUACGUUACUUGGUUACUUAGUGAUCAGAUCACAUCUCUUACUUUACCGAGAUUUGGGUUUUACUGGGAUUUUGGUUUAACUGCUGUCUGAGUUUACAAUUUCUGAUCGGUUAGAAUUCUAUUAGAGUUCGCAGGCAACAGGAAUGGAUUCUUGCUGUGUGGCUUUGAAAAACACCCAUUUGAGAAAACCAAGUGGUUUCUGCAAUGGUGAUUCUGGGUUUUUGGGGGAGAGGGUUAGAGGGAGUUUUAAUAACAGGCUUUGGGCUAAUCAGUUGAGAACUGGCAAGAGGAAGGUGAAACCUGGAGCUGUUCUUGCUGUUCUUACCUCAAAAGACACCGAGGCUGUCUCUCAGGCUCUGCAAAUGCCAUCGUUACCUAGGCGGAGGGUGGACCCAAAAAAUGUAGCUUCGAUUAUAUUAGGAGGAGGUGCAGGGACUCAGCUCUUUCCUCUUACCAUAAGAUCAGCGAUACCCGCGGUCCCAGUUGGAGGAUGCUACCGGCUUAUAGACAUUCCAAUGAGCAACUGCAUCAACAGCAAUAUAAAUAAGAUUUUCGUACUGACGCAGUUUAAUUCUGCUUCUCUCAAUCGCCACAUUGCUCGCACCUAUUUUGGAAACGGUAUCAACUUUGGGGAUGGAUUUGUAGAGGUGCUGGCAGCCACUCAAACGCAAGGGGAAGCAGGAAUGAAUUGGUUCCAAGGAACAGCAGAUGCUGUGAGGCAAUUUAUAUGGGUUUUUGAGGAUGCCAAGAACAGGAAUGUUGAGAAUGUAGUGAUUUUGUCUGGCGAUCAUCUUUAUCGAAUGGAUUAUAUGGACUUUGUGCAGAGUCAUGUUGAUAGAAAUGCCGAUAUUACAAUUUCGUGUGCAGCAGUGGGUGACAGUCGUGCGUCUGAUUAUGGAUUGGUGAAGAUAGACAGCAGAGGUAAAAUCAUCCAGUUUGCUGAAAAACCAAGGGGAGCUGAUCUAAAAGCAAUGCAAGCAGAUACCAAGAUUCUGGGAUUGUCACCACAAGAUGCCAGGAAAAGCCCCUAUGUUGCAUCAAUGGGAGUUUAUGUAUUUAAGACAGAAGUUUUGCUAAAUCUUCUGAGGUGGAGGUAUCCGACAUCCAAUGACUUUGGAUCUGAAAUCAUUCCUGCGGCAGUGAGAGACCACAAUGUCCAGGCAUAUAUGUUCAGAGACUACUGGGAGGACAUUGGAACUAUAAAGUCUUUCUAUGAUGCUAACUUGGCCCUUACCGAAGAGAUUCCGAAAUUUGAGUUUUAUGAUCCAAAGACACCAAUCUUCACCUCUCCUGGAUUCUUACCACCAACAAAGAUUGAUAACUGCCGGAUUGCAGAUGCAAUAAUCUCACAUGGAUGUUUCUUGCAAGAUUGUAGUGUCCAGCAUUCAAUUGUGGGUGAACGUUCACGAUUGAAUUAUGGUGUCGAAAUCAAGGAUUCCAUAAUGAUGGGUGCCGACUAUUACCAAACUGAAUCUGAAAUCGCAUUGCUGCUUGUAGACGGGAAGGUCCCAAUUGGUAUUGGAAGCAAUACAAAGAUUUGGAAUUGUAUAAUUGAUAAGAAUGCGAGUAUAGGGAAGGACGUAAUGAUCGUGAACAAGGAUGGUGUUCAAGAAGCAGAUAGGCCAGAAGACGGAUUUUACAUUCGCGAGGGAAUCACAGUUAUUCUGGAGAAGGCAACAAUACGAGACGGCAUGGUUAUAUAAUGGUCUUAAACGUCUCAACUACUUUCCAAGGCCAGUUGAGAAAUGGUAACGAGAAAAGACUCUUGCAGUCGCAGUGCGCAUUUGGCAGAUGAGUGAAUAGCUUCUGCAGCAUUUUGUCUUUUCAAUAGCCAAGUUCCACCUUGGUUACUGUAUUCAAACCAGAAAAUCCUUCAGAACUCAUGAGUUUGGAUUUUAUAAGCUUAAAGCGUUAGAGAGUCGCGAGAUGUAUAAGUUACAGAAAGCUGACCGCCGGCUGCUUUCAUCCUUCAUGGAGCAGUGAGUUUGAAAUAUGGUUGUAUGUUGCAUAACGAAAAUCAUUUUGUCUCAGAAA